AUGGUGGAGGGGGAGCAGGGGCGGAGGAGGAAGGCUGUGGUGGUAGAGAUGCCAGGAAGAGUGCGAGAGGAGGGGAGGGCCUUGGAGGCUCUCGGAGGCACCUCCUCCCUCUCCUCCGUCUUCUCUCGUCCCCGCGCUCUGCUCCCCCUCCUCCUCAGGAGCCGGGACUCCCAUGCACAUCCUAUCUUCGGGGACCCCGAGCAGCGAACGCUCCUCCUCCUGAGGGUCCGCAGGCCCAACGGAGAUGGGCAGUGCGAGGCUCAAGUUCUCGGGCAUGCUGAGCGCAUCUACAACUUCCGCGGCAUGGCGGACUUCCAGUUCGUCGACCCUGCGACUGCCGCUAAGGCUCGGGGAGGAGGAGGUCCGGCUCCGACGGACGUCUACUCCCUGCUGGAGGGGCAGACGGGAGGAGAGACGUUGCAACUUGUUCCUCCUAUUUUCAGCAAGGUUGAUCAGCCGCAGGCGUACGGGUUCCGUCAGAACAUGGCGUUCAAGCACCGCGACCCAGAGGACCAGGCUCCCGCGGAGGGGUCGCGGCCAGGGAGGAGGAGGAAGCCAAGCAAGGACGUGCAGACACUGAAGAAGCAGAGCAUCCAGUGGAGGCACCCGCCGCCCUCAGCACCUCAUGCUCAGGCAGUGGAGGUCACUAUGGGAUGGGAAGGGCGCGAGGCCUCGAUGGGGGUGCUGAGGAGGCUGUUUGAGCAGCGACCCAUAUGGUCGAGGCUCGCGCUGCAGGGGACCAUCCUGGAGGAGGCAGAGAAGCAUCUUCGCUUCCUCCCCCUUGUCGCCUUCAACUACAAGGACGGGCCCUGGCGAAGCCUCUGGGUCAGGUAUGGCUUCGACCCUCGAUCGGACAAGUCAACUCGUUUCCUACAGUCCUACGACUUCCGCGUUCCCUCAAAGUUUUUGUCUCUUUUCAAGCCAACCGAGAUUCGACAGCAGGGGGGUAAGGCGGGGGGGCCGCAGCCGUUCAGGUUGAAGGGCAUGAAGGGAGAUUCAGAAACUUCCUCCUCCACGGCCUCUCCUGCCGACGUCUUCCGUUUCCGAGAGGUCCCACCGCAAGCACAAAUGAUGUAUCAACUCCUUGACAUCGACGACGCUCAGAUCCAGCGGUUCUUGCAGCUGGCGGAGCUUUUCCACAAGAGAUUCCGCGUUCUGGUUGGCUCCAGUCAGCUCCCCCUUGAAGGGAAGAAAGCUCUCCCUCCUCCCUCGGAGGACACUCCUACUGCCUCGCAGGCAUCGGAGCCGGAAGCUCAAAUAGCUGCUUCGUUCGUCCGCCAGCUGCCGCUCCCAGCCGAGAGCUCGUCUGCUUCAGGGCCUGCCGAACUGAUCCGCUCUAGUUUGACGGAGGCUGCUCGGGCAACGGAGAGGAUAGAAGGAGACGAGCAGGAGAUGUACGCGAUCCUCGGGGAAGACUCAGAGGUAAGCGGCUUGCCAGUGAGCGAGGCUUACCACAGAGACGGCAGGAUGGCGAUAGCGAGGAGGGUUCCGAGGGAUCCUCAGGAAGUGAAGAGGAUGGGUCGAGCUCGGACGAGGUGA